CGGAACAGGCGCGGGCCCAGGUGCUGCUGGCCGCGGGUGAUGGCGGCGGCGGCGGCGCGGGCGGCGGCGCGGAUGGGCCGCGACUCCGAGAGCCGCUCCACGAGCCGCGGGCUCGACAGCAGCAGCAGCAACGCGCGCCGCAACGACAUGGCCACCGCUCUCGCGAGACCCGCCGCAGCUGCCCCCGCCCUCCUGCCACGCCAUUGGCUGCACGCGGGGCGCGUGCGCUUGGGGCGGGAAGGCGCUGAGGGGCGGCCGGGACGGGCGGCGGCGGGAGGGCUCGGUGCGCCCUCGGUCCGUCCUGGGCCGGGACAGAACAGGCUGUGCCGGACCGGGCAGGACUGUGCCGGGCUGGACAGCGCCGCCAUGAGCUCCGGCGGGACGCUGAGCAUCCUCCGCAGCGACUCGUACGCCGAGCUCAGCCAGUACCGCGACCAGCACUUCCGGGGGACGCGCUACGACCAGGAGCGGCUGCUGAGGAAGAGUUGCACGCUGUACGUGGGAAAUCUGUCCUUCUACACCACCGAGGAGCAAAUCCACGAGCUCUUUGGCAAGAGCGGCGACAUCAAGAAGGUCAUCAUGGGGCUGGACAAAGUGAAGAAAACCGCCUGCGGCUUCUGCUUCGUGGAGUAUUAUGCAAGAGGAGAUGCCGAAAAUGCAAUGCGAUACAUCAACGGAACCAGACUUGAUGACAGGAUCAUAAGGACAGACUGGGAUGCAGGAUUUAAGGAGGGUAGGCAGUACGGCCGUGGAAGAUCAGGAGGGCAGGUCCGAGAUGAAUAUCGACAGGACUAUGAUGCUGGAAGAGGUGGCUAUGGCAAAAUUGUUCAGUGCCAGUGACUCGUCAGCCCCACAGGAAAACCAAAUCUGCACUGUAAAUGUCACCAGACACCAAGUAGGUCUGUUGCACACAAAUUUAUGUCGCUAGAAAUUCAGAGGAACUCCUAUCCGUGUUUCUGUGAGCAUAUCCUGUGUUCAAUACCUCUUCUGUUUUAAUGCCAGGAUCCAAAGUGUUGCAGAGGACCUGGAAACAAGGUUUUAAGCAAUAGAAUGUCUGAGGCUUCGGUCUCUAAAUGCUGCUGUAACUUACUAAAAGGAACAAAGAUUUAACGUAAUGGUGCUUUUUUUUCACUGGCAAACUUGAUUAUUCUGCCACUGGGUUUUGUUUACAUUGGUAUCACAGGAUGGGGAGCAGUGAUAAAGAUAAUUGGUGGGUGUUUCAGAGAUGAAAGAAAAAGGUGAAAAAGGUGCAAAAGAGCCUGAAAAGGAAGUGGAAUUUCUAGGGAAAUUUUCCAAAUUCUAGGGAAGACUUAAAGCUGCAGAUUUUCUGGGGUUACUGGAUUAGUAUUCUUUUUCACUGAUGCUGUUACUAGAAUGCUUUCAUGAACAGCCAUAAUAAAACAAUCAAAUUACUGAACCCAGGAAUCAUGUGAAGAAGCAGCCUAGCAGGACACAGACCCCUGCAGUCUUCUAUCAAGUGUAAUGUGCCUACAAGGGUAGCAUGAAGCCAAGUUGUACAGUUACCCCCAAAAAUGGGGUGCUGGAGGAGCUGUGUGUAUAACAAGAAAAUUUGUUCCCCAAAUACAUUUUGAGAAACUUGAUUUCAGACAAAGGUGAAAACAGAAAUGAGUUUUGGGAGGAGCCUUGCUUUCUACUGAGCAUCUCCUUUCUACUGAGCCUUACUCUCUACUAAGAAUGGUAAAAGGAUUGCAUAGAUUGGUUUGGUUUGGUUUCGAUUUUUCUCUUCCCCCCCUAUUCAUACUGCUGGUUUAUAUGAUGGGAUUUUGAUGUACUGCAGACAUAGGAACAAAAAUUGUGAUCCCAAUAUCUGUGAAAUUGACCCUCUUAAAUGAAAUAGUUUAAAAGGAACUGUUACAGACCUUUGUAAUUUUUUAUGGACUCCUGAGUUUCUUGUAAAUGGCAAUUCAUAAAGUUAAAUCCAAAUACUUUGUUAUCCAUAACUCCUUAGAAACCUUCAAAGAACCAGGUCAUGUAAAAGUUGGUAUUUAUAUAUCUCACUGGGGAUACUGUUGGAAAUCUUAAUGUGUUUCUUGUGUACAGUUAGUCACAGCUGUAAAUUGGAAAUAGAACAACUGCUUACUUAGGAAGUGUGGAUUUGGCUGGGCUUUGAGGUUUUUUGGUAGCCAGAGUAAAACUAGAUUUUUUGGGAUCACUUGGUGCUGGUUUGCAAACAAGAGUUGGAACAAGGUUGCCUUUUCCGAUAUAGUACGUUUGAUUAUGAGUUUACAGCCUGUAAUCUGCUCCAGGAAGCUGCUGAAGUUUAUUUUUCAUUGUAUCAAUUUUGUAUAAAAAAUGUGUUACCAAAAACUCUAAAGUCACUUUCUUUCAAAUAAAGCUGUAACGUUAAAA